AUGGCAUACAAUAAGCAGGACACCGACACGGUAUCGAAAUAUUCCAAAUCAAGCUGUUCAACUAAAGAUGCUACGGGAGACGAGAACAUCAAAUUUAUUCGUCAUUUUGACGGACAGUAUAGCCUCAUUGAUCAACCAACGACAAGACAACACAAAGCAUAUUACUUCCUUUUUAUACACACUCUUAUUUGUUUAUCAAUCGAAAUGUCAUUGAGACUAGGCCAAGAAUUCCCAAAUUAUCAAGUUAAGACCACUGUCGGCGAUCAAAAGAUACAUCAAUGGCUUGGUGAUCAGUGGGGUAUUCUAUUUUCUCAUCCAGCAGAUUACACACCGGUUUGUACCACUGAACUGGCGCGUGCAGCAAAACUUGCACCUGAAUUCGCUAAACGAAAUACAAAGCUCAUCGGUUUAUCCUGUGAUACAGUUGAACUUCAUCGCGAAUGGAUAGAAGACAUUCAUGCAUAUGCAGAUAUCACGGAUCAAUGUUCAAAACAGUUUCCGUUCCCAAUUAUCGACGACAGUGAUCGCGCUAUAGCGACAAAACUCGGUAUGAUCGACCCAGUCGAAACCGAUAACGAAGGUAUACCACUGACUGCUCGCUCUGUAUUUUACAUUGGCCCUGAUAAAAAAGUCAAAGCCCUACUGCUGUAUCCAGCGACGAGUGGACGAAACUUCGACGAAAUUCUUCGACUGCUCGAUUCACUGCAACUAUCUCAAAAAUAUCCAAUUGCGACGCCGGUUGACUGGAAACCCGGCGAUGAUGUUAUGGUACCAACAAACGUCAGCGACGAGACAAUCAAAGAAAAACUCCCCAAUCCCGUGAAAGUAAAACAGGAUCUUCCCAGCGGAAAAGGUUACAUUCGAACCACAACUCUAAAAUAA